AUGGACCAUGAAAAAGGCACGUUCGGUAGUCUCUCCACUGCGCUGAAAGAUGAACUCGAGCCACAACAUGCCGACCUCCUACUUUUCGCCUGUUGUCUGACAUCAGGACUUGUGGACAGCACAAUAUACCGCGCCUACAACACUUUUGUGUCCAUGCAAACGGGAAACACUAUCUUCGUCGGACUGGGUGCAUCACACCAGAACCUCCGUCCAUAUGGCUGGGUUCGAUCGUUCACAUCCAUCGCAUGUUUCGUCCUAGGAUCCUUCCUUUUCUCACGACUACAUUCACUUCUAGGCGCCCGACGACGCGGGUCCCUGAUGCUCUCUUUCCUUCUCCAGGCCAGUAUAAUACUGCUUACCGCUGGGCUGGUCCAAGGCGGGGCCGUCUCUGGCGUACUCGACCACAAACUAUCGCCCGCAGUACCGCCCUGGGACCAGGAAGUCCCGAUCGUGCUUCUUAGUCUCCAAUCUGCUGGCCAGAUUGUGGCGAGUCGUGCCUUGGGAUUCAACGAAGUCCCGACUGUGGUGAUCACCAGUCUUCUUUGUGACCUGAUGUCUGAUCCACAGCUGUUUCUUGUGAGGAAUGUGAAACGCGACCGGCGGAUUAUUGCUUUCGUGCUUACUCUUGUUGGUGCUAUUGUUGGUGGGUGGGUUACCAAGGUCACCCGAGAGAUUUCUCCUAUUUUGUGGCUGUCGGCUGGUAUCAAGGGCUUGCUUGUUCUUGCUUGGGCUUUCUGGAAAGCUAAGUAA